AUGGCAACAGCAGUGACUUCACCCACGGAAGAUAUUGGGUCUUCCAAUGAAGAUUCUCAAAGUACAAUUCCAAAUCCAACCUCUAGUAGCACCGUUCAGGAUCAUCCUGAUGGUGACGAUAUCCGUCGUCAAGUAUGGUUUCCCACCCCUGCCUCUAAUGAGUCCUACGGCAUACUGACUAUCUUCAAGGUAGAAUACUACUUCUCUGAUGAGAACCUUCCCACAGACAAGCAUUUGUUGCAAUUCUGCGGCGGGCGUGAGAACCUUCCCGUUUCCAUCAGUCGCAUCUGCGGGUUUUCGAGGAUGCGACAGUACAAGCCCAAAAGUCUCGUCAUUGCAGCACUGCGUCUAAGCACCUUCCUUGAAGUUUCUGCUGAUGGAAAAACUAUCAAGCGCAAGAUCCCUUUGCAGGGAAAAUGCCUCCUUGACCCAGACUUCUUCGACGACGAAGACAUCGCUUACGAUCCGCGUGUUCAGAAGCCGGCUCCGCGUCCGAUGCCGAUCGUUCAGGUGAAGAAAGACGCGCACCUGGAAAGGGUGUCAAAGAACAUGCGAAAGCCAACAGGGUUCGAAAGAACCUAUAUGGAGCCACUUCUCACCCCCGAGGAGGCAUCACAAGAAGAUGAUAUGUACGCUUCCGACAAGCACUUCGUUGAACGUAUCGAGGUCGCCAUCCAGCGCUUCAAGCACAAGCGGCGCAUGCACGAGAUGUACGCACACGUCUUUAAUAAGUUUAUGCGCUUUGGUGGUGUAGAUGCCGGCCCGCGCAUGUACCAAGGCCUAUCGAAGCAGGAAAUGAAUGAGAUGGAUGCCGAAGAGCUCGCCAGAGCACUUGCCACUCACCACGUACCAUGGGACCGCUCUGAUGAGACUCAGUGGGUGGUUGAUUUUGCCGGUGUCUGCAAAGGCUUCCUUUCAUCCUGGUAUCCUGCCCACUACGGCUACGCUCCUCACCUGAUUAAAAAUGCCUGCCAAGUCCUUCGCUCUUUCUUCAGAUAUCUUCGAUAUCAUAGAGUCUGCCCUGAGUACGACGAUCAGCUCGCUGCUGCACUCGACAUUUGUGACGCCGCUGAGGAGCAGCUCCCCAAGGCUAAUGCUGUAGGCCUUGCCUUGACAGGAGACUUUAACAAGUCUGCCAGCGUCAUCUUUGGCGGUGCUCAAGCUUCCCUUUACACCGGUAACAAGAGUUGGGCCGAGGGGUUGAGAGAGGAGGGUGUGAACAAUAAAGAGAUUGGUAUUUCUGAGGAAGAGGCCAAGGCCAAGUUUGGCAUUGGAAUUGCCAUCCUGGGUUCGGAAGAGCAAUUCGGGCUGUACGAGUCGUCCAAGUUGGAGGUCCUCAGCAAGAAGUCGACCUACCUCGAAGUAAUCACCAUCCACCCGCCCAACGACGACACUAAAGCAGCUUACGACGCGCAGAGCACGCUCUACGGGCGCAAACUGGAACUUCAACCUCUCGGGAAACUUACCUGCAAGACGUGGUACCCCACCGGAUGCGACGAGUAUGACCUACCGAUGGACAAGUACCCUAAUGGCAAGCCCUGGACAAGUAGCGACAGCCAAGAGUACGAGUUUUGGAUUGAAGAGGAUAUUCUUAGGGAUUGCUUCAUCGGCAUGAAGAUGGACGCUGACAUUCUAGUGCUAUCGGGUGGCCUGAAUAUCCUGGACAAUGUCAAGGAAACCAUGUGCAGCUUCUACGUGUGGCUGCCGAAUGAAUUGUGGAUGGAGCGAAAGCCGAAGGAGGUGCGGUGGCUCAAGAAGGGCAUGGGUCUUGACGAAGACGACGAACCAAACGACGAUAAUGACGACAAAGAGGCGAAGCAAGUUGCAGACAAAGGACCUUCGGAUGAUGAGUGA